CGGUGGCCCAUAGACAGCCAUCGUUCGCGGCCGUUGGAGCAGCGUUGCCUCAACCUGUUGUGGUCGGGGCUACGCAGCCUAUGAGAUGUUAUAAUUGUAAUCAACCCGGCCACAUGGCCAAAGACCGUCCGCGACCUCGGGCUCAGGUAGGUAUCGCUGGCCCAUCCCUGAUUCCGCUGGCAGCUCCAACCGCUGCAGGCCAAAGGCGGGUGGCGGCGCUCAUGGAUGCGGGGACCCCAGACAUGGUGGCCCCGACAGCCGUCGAAAUUGGAAUCGAUGAAUACAUGGGAGCCGCGACGCUUGAACCCGGGACCAUUGGCGUGAUCCGCCAUACCCUGCGUGUAGCAGGGGAAAGUGACUUGGGACCUUGGAAACUCGGGUUCGAAGAUCCCACGAUACCAGGUCACGAGUACAAGGAUGACCAAAUCGACGUACUAGAUGCCUUGAAGGCCUUGGAUCUGCGGAUACCCAUACCUAUUCCGUACUUGCUGACAAUUUUGGAAGCCGCCAACGAGAAACUAAUUGAAAAAUGCCUGAAGAACCGCCGCCUGUUCGAGGAAGGCCGAAGGGGUAAAAAGUUGGCAAUCCAUGACCCGUCGGUGGAUAUCGAAGGUCGACCCUCGACCUUGAAAACUCACAAGGCCAACCGAGCCAGGAUGAUCCACGCCGCGGAUCUACCACUGGAGAAACCCGAUGUAUUUCUUCGCACGUACCUGAUUACCUGGAAAAGUGUCGAAUGUGAUUUUGAGGUCUGGGGAGGUCCCUCGUCCGCCAUCCUGGAUUCGGGAUCGUCAGCCGUAGCUAUCUCUUGGAGCUUGACAAAACGUUUGGGUCGGGAGAAGCAGAUUCAGUCCCUCCGACCCGACGAGCUGUAUGUAUCCGCCACAAAAGAUAGUAUUCACUGUAAAGGACGGAUUAGGGAUGCUCCUAUAAGAGUUGGGCGGGUGCAUUGUUUGUGUGACGCGAUUGUAUUGGAUGUGCAGGCGUAUGAUGUGCUCCUAGGGAUCCCGUUGCAGAAAUACCCAUGAGAAUGGCCGUACGUGUACGCGCACAGCCCACCCCUCGCAUUUCCACCGAGGUUCCCAGAGUCAACAUGGUUCGAUGGGUGUCAAUGGGCGAAGAAAGACCCGCGACAGGAACUGAGGAUGCAGAUGAACCCGACCGGUAUCCAAUACGAAUUCAAAACCGGUUCCGCCAACUGUGGCGACACAUGUCAACAAAUGUUAGCCAGAGUG